AUGGAGGGGAAAGCAGAGGCAGUAGCAAUGAAGCCAAAUAAUUAUGAAAAUCUUUCAGAACAAAGAAUGAUGCAGGAAGCAGCAGCAACAGAAAAAGAAGAAAUCCAAGUGCAAUGCAAUGACACAAUUGCUUACCUAGAGAUGAACAAAAUUGAACUCAUGAGAGCUCUUGUUGAAAAGCAAGAUCCUUCUUCCAAGGUAGUAGAUGAUUAUGCCUUGAGAAGGUUUCUUCGAGCUCGGGAUCUGGACAUAGAGAAAGCUGCAGCAAUGUUCUUGAAAUGCCAUAAAUGGAGGCAAAGCUUUGUACCAAAAGGAUCCAUUUCAGUGUGUGAGAUACCAAACGAGAUAGCACAGAACAAGAUGUUCAUGCAAGGUGUGGACAAACAAGGAUGUCCCACUGCUGUAGUUUUUGGUGGCAGGCAUAUUCAAAACAAAUUAGGAGGUCUUGAAGAGUUCAAACGUUUUAUAGUCUUCGCUCUAGACAAACUGUGUGCAAGGACCUCGCCAGGAAGAGAGAAAUUCACGAUAAUCGCAGAUCUCCAAGGUUUUGGCUAUUGUAACAGUGACGUUCGUGCCUAUCUUGCUGCUCUAUCCAUCGUACAGGAUUGCUACCCGGAAAGACUUGGCAAAGUACUUCUUGUUCAUGUUCCUUACUUAUUUUGCACAUUAUGGAAGAUUUUGUAUCCUUUCAUAGACAACAACACCAAGAAAAAGAUCAUGUUUGUGGACAACAAACGACUGACAGCAACCUUACUUCAAGAUAUUGAUGAAAGCCAGCUUCCAGAGACUUAUGGAGGCAAAAUGCAAUUAGUUCCUAUACAAGACGCCUAGGCAAGUAAUUGCACUAAAAGCUUCAACCUGAUCAAGUUGAUGGUGCUCUCUGUUUAAUAGCUUUGGGGAAAAAUAUUACAUUGCGAAUAUACAUCUAUAUGUAUUACUAAACAUUUAGCUUCUACAUGGAGUAUAAAAUUAAUGAUAUAUUUUCCACCUGA